AUGGCUGCCUCACCAACCUCUGAGGACAAGAAGCCAACUUUGGGCGAAGUCAUCGAGAGCAUCGGCAUCGGCCCGGCUCAGUUCCGGGCCGGACUCCUGGGCGGCGGCGUGUGGCUGGCGGAUGGCGCAGAGCUCUUACUCAUCGGCAGCGUGGCAGACACUCUGGCGCGUGAGUGGCACUUGUCAUCGUUUACCAAGGGCUUUGUCGUCACCAUUGUCUACACCGGCCUGAUGUUCGGCAAUAUUACUAGCGGACCCGCUGGUGCGCGAUUCGGGCGACGAGAGGUGGUGGUACUUUCCUUCUUUGGACGGAUCUUCGUGUUCAGCAUCUUCUCGUCGACCUCCCAGAGUAUCACAGACGUGCUCAUGAUCUGGCGCUUCAUCGUCGGCUGGAGCAUCGGCUUUGGGCAGCCUGCGUGGCUGGCCAUCAGUGCGGAGAUCACCCCCGCAAAGUACCGGAUCAUCACGGGGGGGUUGACGCAGACUCUCUUCGCCCUGGGCGAGCUGUACAGCGCGAGCCUCUUGAUGCUGGACGACCCAUCCUUGCAGAAAUUGGAUUGGCGGAGGGUCAUCGCCCUGGGGGCCAUCCCCUCGGCGAUCCUUUUUAUCUUCAGCGCGCUGUUCUUGCACCAAUCUCCGACCUUUCUGCAGAUGAAGGGCCGUCAUGCGGAUGCGGUGCAAGUGCUAGAGAGCAUGCGCCACGACAACUCUGCGCCAGACAUCUCGGUGGACUUCAGGCUACAGCCGCAGAAUGCGCCCCAGCUUGGCUUUAUCGAGACUUUUUACCGGCAAAGCAAGGUGAUCAUGAGCAACAAGCUCUUGGUGCCAACGCUUGUGACCAUGUUCACCUGUUUCGAGCUAAAUCUCGCGUACUAUGGCUGCAUCUAUGCCUUCCCGCAAGUCUUGUCGGAUCUGGUGGCUGAGCAACUCGUCAGAGAAUGA